AGCCUUCAAUUCAGUAUAUCGUGGCGGGAUGGGACUUCCUUCCAUCUUGAUUCCGUAUCUUUACUAAGAAGCCGGCUUAGUAAGUGAAUUAAAAUAGAUCGGAAAAAUUUAUAAAUAAAUCUCAAAGUUAUCUAAGUUGCUAUGUGUUAGCUGGAUGUAUCAAUAAAUUAGUUUUCGCCGGAAUGAAUUAGGUAUGAUGUAUUUAAGAGUAGGCUUUAUCCAUUCUUGCUAGUCUAGUAUGAGGGGAAUGGCGAGUACCUACCUAUACGAGGCUCAGUUUGAAAAUCAUCAUUCAGUUUGAAAAAUUCGAAGAUAAUAAAAUGUAGUUAUGCUGAUAAAAUUUUCUAGAAUCGCUAAAUUGUGUUUUGAACAAGCGUGUAACGAAGGAAACAAAGCAUAUGUGCGACAUUUUGUAAAUAAUAAAGUGCUUUAUCAAAGAAUGGCAGUCCCCAGUCGAGCUAGAGUGUAUUCUGAUGUUAACUCACACAAACCAAGGGAAUACUGGGACUAUGAGAGUUAUGUAGUUGAUUGGGGCCAACAGGAUGACUACCAGUUGGUGCGCAAACUAGGAAGAGGAAAAUACAGUGAAGUAUUUGAAGCCAUUAAUAUAACAAAUAAUGAAAAAUGUGUAGUGAAAAUAUUGAAGCCUGUGAAGAAGAAGAAGAUAAAAAGGGAGAUAAAGAUUUUAGAAAAUUUGAGAGGCGGAACAAAUAUAAUAACAUUAGAAGCUGUUGUGAAAGAUCCUGUUUCAAGAACUCCCGCACUCAUUUUUGAGCAUGUCAAUAAUACAGACUUUAAACAACUUUAUCAAACUCUUACGGAUUUUGACAUUCGUUAUUAUUUGUAUGAAUUACUCAAAGCUUUGGAUUAUUGCCACAGUAUGGGUAUCAUGCAUAGGGAUGUCAAGCCCCACAACGUGAUGAUCGAUCAUGAAAAUAGAAAAUUACGUUUAAUCGAUUGGGGUCUAGCAGAAUUCUAUCACCCUGGUCAGGAGUAUAACGUAAGGGUAGCUUCAAGGUACUUCAAAGGUCCUGAGCUUCUCGUAGAUUAUCAGAUGUACGAUUACUCUUUGGAUAUGUGGUCGCUUGGCUGUAUGCUGGCGUCUAUGAUUUUCAGAAAGGAGCCUUUCUUUCACGGUCACGAUAAUUAUGACCAGCUAGUACGUAUAGCCAAAGUUCUAGGAACCGAAGAACUUUUUGAAUAUCUCGAUAAAUAUCACAUAGAACUAGACCCAAGAUUCAAUGAUAUUCUAGGAAGGCAUUCUCGGAAAAGAUGGGAGCGUUUUGUGCAUAGUGAAAAUCAACAUUUAGUAUCACCAGAAGCGUUAGAUUUUCUGGAUAAACUUUUACGUUAUGAUCAUUUAGAACGCCUUACAGCCCGUGAUGCAAUGGAUCACUCCUAUUUCUAUCCUGUUGUUAAAGAGCAGUGCAGAUUGAUGUCCACAGUAUCCUCAUCUCCUACUCCUCUAACCGGAGUAUCCGAGUAGCAUGCAAAUAAGGGAGCACAUACAUCUUUGCAUGUGGUGUCAUAUUUUGCCAUACUUUAAUAAUUGAAUUUUUUUCCAAACUCAUCCAUUAUUUUUAUUUGUAAUGUAUGCAGGUACUUCUAUCUUAUAUAACAUAAUUUUUAUUAGUUAUGAAAAAUGAUUUCAAAUGACUUGCGUUACCUGAGUAGUAUGUUCGUAUUCCUAAACUUCUUCAACCAGAUCCUUAGAAACCUUUUUGUUUUUUUUUAAUUUAAAGAAAUCGUUAAGUUCCUAAGGUCUAUUAACUUUUUUAUAUGGGCUAAUUGAUUUUCAAUAUCAUAUAUUGUGAAAUAAAAGUUUUGUCAUUGUUUGGAGCAUGCCUCAAGACUUUCUAUGGAGAUUUGGCCGCUGUUACAUAUAUUAUCAGAAACCAACAGCUUGUUAGUAAUAUAGUUUUGGGCUCUCUAGAGUUACAAACUAUCCGUGUUGUACUAAAGUUUCUUGAUACAUACAUAUAAACAAAAGGACAAGUAAUAAACAUUUUUAUUGUUCUAACUGAA